AAUUAUCAUAUUUGGUGGGUUCUCAUAGAGAGUUCGCUAAAAUAACGAAUUCUCUUAGAGAAUCGUUAUUUUUGACGGGUUUCCAUAGUGGGUCUGCCAAAAUAACAAAUUCUCUUAGAGAAUCAUUAUUUUUAGCGGGUUCUCAUAGUAGGUCUGCCAAAAUAACGAAUUCUCUUAGAGAAUCGUUAUUUUUAACCAGUUCCUAUAGCGGGUUCGCCAAAAUAAUGAAUUCUUUUAGAGAAUCAUUAUUUUUGAUGGGUUUCCAUAGUGGGUCUGCCAAAAUAACGAAUUCUCUCUUAGAGAAUUGUUAUUUUUAA